AUGGGACUCGCCCUCUGGGCUGCUCCGGCUCUAGCUCAGUCUGCGGCAGGCAACAUUGUCAACACGGGCUACGCAAGUUAUAGGGGAAAUGUGUCCUAUCCGAAUACAGUGGCAUAUCUUGGGAUACCCUAUGCGGAGCCUCCAUUGGGCGAUCUGAGAUUCCGCGCGACAGUUCCAUUGAAUACCACCCGUAUCGCAGAAGAGGCCAAUGGGCAAAUUGUGGACGCGACUCACUAUCCUGACUUCUGCAUUCAAGGCACCACCGGGGCCGGAGAUGCGGGCGGUGCAGGCAGUGAAGAUUGUCUUAAUGUCAAUAUCUAUACACCAUACGGCGCGACAAAAGGAAGCAAUCUGCCAGUACUGGUCUAUAUUCAUGGCGGAGGCUACGUCUAUGGCAAUCCAGCCAACCAGCCAUUCGACCAUUGGAUCAACCAGUUUCCUGACGUAGUCAUAGUAUCCGUCUACUACCGGCUUGACUCUUUUGGCUUCCUCUCGCACCCAAAUUUCCAGAACGGAAUCCUAAGCGAUAACAAUGCUGGUUUCCGUGACCAACUCCAGGCCCUCAAAUGGGUAAACCGAUACAUUGAUGCCUUCGGUGGAGACCCGACCAAGGUCACCAUCAAUGGGCAAAGCGCUGGGGGAUCGUCGAUAGAGCUCCAUCUUGUCGCAAACGAAGGAAACCAGACGCUAUUCUCAGGCGCGAUUGCACAGAGCGUCUACCGAGCUCCGGUGGCUCUGCCUGAGCAGAAUUUUCCUGCAUUCGAGUUUUAUGCGAACUAUGCCGGCUGUGGUUCUGGGAGCCUUCCCGAGCAAAUGGCGUGUCUCCGCAAGGCUAGCGUCAGUGCUCUAGCUCGGGCACAGGAUGCAACCAACUAUAACUUCACCGGGCCGUAUAAUGCGUUCCAUCCUGUAGUCGACGGCAAGAUCAUUACGGACUAUCCUACAAGGUCUAUCCUCCGAGGAGAGUUCAAGAACGUGCCUCUGCUUGUCGGCGCUACCUCCAACGAGACCUUGGCUAUCGGCACCACCAUCGCCGCGGCGCUCAACACAUUCUUCCCCGAGCUUACCGAGUCCGAUAUCGCAGGCCUUGUUUCGUUAUACCCAGCGUCAGAGUACUCUUCCGCGAUUGAACAAGGCAGGGACGUCGCGGGAGAUGCGUCAGUCAGAUGUGCGCGCACUAUUAUGGGUACGGCGUUCUCGGUGCUCAACAAUACCUGGACGUAUCGCUACAACCAGAGGAAUCCCACCCAACCUGCGAAUGACACCGCAGUCGAACACGCAGCGGAGAAUUGGAUGAUGUUCCAAGGAACCAACUCCGGGUACAACGGGACUACGACGUUCUCGCCAAUGACGCCCGUCGAGCAGGCCUUCGCGUCAGAGCUAUUCGCGUACUGGCUCUCGUUCGUGCGCUCAGGCAAUCCCAACACCUACAAGCUCGCUCGCUCGCCCGACUGGCCGCGAUACGCCUCCACGAAUCGGUCGAGGAUCGUGCUGCAGCAAGAUCCGCGGAAUACGACGACGGCGAGUGGGAGCUACGCGGAGGCGGAGCCGGUGGCUGAGAGCCGAAGAUGCACGUUUGUAGCGAGCGGGGAGGACCACAUGCAAGCCUAG